UGAAUGUGAUUCAGUGAACCCGAGUUCAAUAUAAUUUGAUAAACUCCAAAGCUAACCGAAUUAAAGUUUGAUAUCAAGCGCGGGGUGGCGUAAAACUGCGGCAAUGCACUUAUACAUGUUAUCAAGGCGGGCCACACGUCGUAUGCUUGAUGGCGUGUACCAUGAAUACAUAUACAUUUAAACGCCAACGGCAAGCCAAUGAGAAUUUAAUUAACUUGAAAGGAUUCACUCCUUCGAAUGCCGCCGUAAUCGGGGUAAAACCUUAAUUACAUGGCUCUUUAAUAAGUGUGCCGACACCUGAUUGCUUGCGAUAUCAAGUAUUUAUGCAGGUGUCAAGGGUCAUUAAGUAAACAGUUCGCCAUGGAACCGUCGCCGUCAGCCGGGCCAGAAAGGCAGGGAUCCUCGUUGUUUCUGCUGAAGAGCUUCGCCAGGAGUCUGCGGCAGUUCCUCAACCAGACUAGUCUGCAUGGACUCAAGUUUGUGGGCGAUUCCGGCCUCAGCAGCUGGGAGAGAUCGUUUUUCCUUGGCUCCUUUGUCACCGCCCUCAUCAUCACAGUGCACCUCAUAUCGAACAUCUAUGUGAAGUGGGAUAGCACGCCGGUUAUAAUCGGCAUCAGCCCACAGGCCACCUCCAUUUUGAAGGUACCUUUUCCGGCAAUAACCAUAUGCAAUAUGAACCAGGUGCAGAGGAGUCUGGUGGCCAAUUACAGAGAGGGCUCCAAUGAGAGUGCCCUUCUGAAGCUAUUAUGUGAAUCGGAUAGCUGGGAAUCCAGUGAGACUGAUGAGGAGUUCUCCGCUUCGAAUUUUGCCACGAACAACCUGAAGAUAUCCGAAUUUGUUUCAAACCACUCGCAGUCCUGCGAGAGAAUGUUGCUCUUCUGCAGAUUCAGUGCCGUGGAGCGGAACUGCUCGCAACUGUUUCAGCAGAUCCUGACCGAUGAGGGCCUGUGUUGCGUCUUCAAUUUUCAGCCACCGGAGUAUCUCUACAAGCCAUUUGCAGAUAACAAUCGGAACUUGACGAAUACAGAUGGGUUCGAAAGUGUUAUGUGGGAUCCGGAGUCAGGAUAUCCGGAAAAAUUGCCCCCCAAAUUCUAUCCAGCCACCGCUAGUGGCACUGGAAUCACCUUGGGAUUUACUGCCGUGCUUGAUGCUGAGAUGGGCGAAUACUACUGCUCUUCAACCAAUGGACCUGGUUUUAAAGUUUACUUUCACAAUCCCGUCGAAGUUCCCAAGGUGAAGGAGGCGGGCCUCAUCUCAGCCAUUGGCUACGAGACCAACUACCGGAUUGAGAUGAUUCGCGCCGAGGCGGUUCCGGCCAUUCGAUCGAUAUCCCGCGAUGGCCGGCAGUGCCUGUUCAAGAACGAGAAGGAGCUGAUCUUCUAUCGGAUCUACACGCGGGCCAACUGCGAGAACGAGUGCCUGGCCGCCUUCCUCUACGACACCUGCUCCUGCAUUCCGUUCGACCAUCCGCUCAUCUACAGCAACGCCAGCAUCUGCUCCAUGGGGGACACGUCCUGUGUGCGACGGGCCCAGCGGGCGUCCAAUCGACCUGGUUGGGCCAAGUGCCGCCAGCAGUGUCUGCCCAGCUGCUUCGAUCUAAACUACUUGGCCAGUGGCUUCUCCUUUCCGCUGGCCUCAAACAACUUCCAGGUGGCCAACGCGCUGGUGGAGAGCUUCAACAAGUCCUAUCUCAGCGAGAAUAUUGCCGUGAUAAACGUGUAUUUCCGGGAGUCGGUCUACUAUGGAAAUACCAAGAAUGCCUACGUGGGAUUGACAGAGUUCUUGUCAAAUGUCGGUGGUGUAAUGGGUUUGUUCAUGGGUUUCAGUGUCAUCUCCCUGGCCGAGAUCCUAUACUUCUUGAUCCUAAAACCCCUCGCGGAGCUUUUCGUUUGGAAGAGGUCAUCUCAUGUGGACUCAGAAAAGAGCCUCAAACACAAUGCCUUCGGUAUUGAACAAGGCCAAUCUUCAGAAAACCCCAGUUUUUGGUACUCAAAAGAGCUGUAUCCCAAAGGUGUUUCCCUAAGAGCAUACGAAAAUGCAAUAAGUACGAAAGGAUUAAAUUACCAAUAAGCCCCACAGACGAGAAAUUAUGUGUAUGUAAUCCGGAGUAGGAAAACAAAUGUAAUCUGUCAAUGCCAGUAAUGAAAUAAAAGGGAAAAACAUUAUGACUGGAA